AUGCCAGCACCUCAACCCAUUUGGCAGCAUCUUCCUGUGCAUUUCAAAGAAAAUGUUGUUUCGAAACUCGACUAUAAUUCAAGAUGCCAACUCCGCAUCUGCUCAAAGGAAGACAAAAAUCUCGUGGAUUCUCGUCCAGUGAUCCUUGAUUAUUUGAAAUACAGAAUAACAGAAGUAACAUUCCAUGCUGUUGAAAUUCCACAGAAACCUGCAGAAGUAACGAUGAACGACGGCGAUAAGGAAACUACUAGAUCUUUGUAUGAAAACGAUGCAAUUGAUCACUUGCUACUAGUCUUCUCAAAUCAAAAGUUAAUUGUGAAUAGUUUCGUCUUCAAUGUUUGGGGACAUGACAGAACCGGUCAUCAGUUCAAGUUGUUCAAGAAAUUGCUCACCAAAAUCAAGGAAAGAAACCUGAAAUUGAAAGUUCGCAAUGCCAUCAUCUCAACAACAUUUCGCCACAAAGAUCAAUAUAUUGAAUUCGUCAAAAAUCUUGAUGUUGGGAGUCUUAUUUCAAUGAAAUUACGCAUGUCAACCCGUUGCCAAUUGAGCCAACUUUCACGAACGGAACAGUGGAAAAAAGUGAAAGAAUUGGAGUUUGAAACACGAGAUCAGAUGGAUCCAAAGUGGGUUUCACACGUUGAGAAGUUGGAUGCUUGGGUCAAGAGCCUGAAUGCUGUAUCGAUUUCAGCAAUGAUUCAAAACUUCAUAUCAAAGCAAUUCCCACGAGGAUCCUAUUUUUCAAUCACAACUAUGUCCCCAAUCAACAAUUCUCGGGGUUCAACACUAACAAAUAUUCUGAAAAAGUUCCCGAUCGAAGCAAAAAAUGAUGCAAUUAAAUUCAGAACAAUAACCAGAUUGCCGAUUAAGAGCCACUUCCAUUCCCCUCUUCACACUCAGAAAAUCGAAAUGACUGACCAGAAUAAUGUGUUUUUAAUCAUCUUAUGUGAAACCAAUUUCAGUGGAAUUUUAUGUGGUGUCAACAGUUUUAAAGAUGAUUUGAAAAAGUUCAUUCUUGAAAUUGAAUAA